AUGUUGUGGUUGCUUGUUGGCCAGGACAGCAGCUUGGUUGGGCACCUGACCUGCAGCGAGGACUUGAAGCUGCACCUCCAGAGUACAGACUAUGGGAACUUCCUGGCCAACGAAGCCUCCCCGCUCACCGUCUCCGUCAUAGAUGACAAGCUGAAGGAGAAGAUGGUGGUGGAGUUCCGUCACAUGAGGAACCAUGCCUAUGAGCCCCUAGCAAGUUUUCUGGACUUCAUCACGUACAGCUACAUGAUUGACAAUGUCAUUCUGCUGAUCACUGGGACUCUGCACCAACGUUCCAUCUCUGAACUGGUGCCCAAGUGUCAUCCUCUGGGAAGUUUUGAGCAGAUGGAAGCCGUGAACAUUGCUCAGACACCUGCUGAGCUCUACAAUGCAAUCCUGGUGGACACUCCCCUGGCUGCUUUCUUCCAAGACUGCAUCUCUGAACAGGACCUGGAUGAAAUGAACAUCGAAAUCAUUCGAAACACACUGUAUAAGGCUUACCUGGAGUCCUUCUACAAGUUCUGCAAGGUGCUGGGAGGUACCACAGCAGAUGCCAUGUGUCCCAUCCUGGAGUUUGAAGCUGACCGGAGAGCCUUCAUCAUCACCAUCAACUCCUUUGGCACUGAGCUGUCCAAGGAGGACAGGGCAAAGCUGUUCCCUCACUGUGGCAAGCUCUACCCCGAGGGCCUGGCUCAGCUGGCCAGAGCAGAUGACUAUGAACAAGUCAAGAAUGUUGCUGACUACUACCCUGAGUACAAGCUGCUGUUUGAAGGGGCUGGCAGCAACCCUGGAGACAAGACCCUUGAAGACAGGUUCUUUGAGCACGAGGUGAAGCUGAACAAGCUGGCCUUCCUCAACCAGUUCCACUUUGGAGUCUUCUAUGCCUUCGUGAAGCUGAAGGAGCAGGAGUGCCGCAACAUCGUGUGGAUCGCCGAGUGCAUCGCCCAGCGCCACAGGACCAAGAUCGACAACUACAUUCCCAUCUUCUAACCCUGCUCUGCUCCUGUCCCACCCUCCAGCCUCUGGAGUCUGGCAGGAUCCUUAUCUAACUCCCUGAGUUAUCCCUUGCCCCAUCUCCAGGAUUGUCCCAUCUGUGGAACUGGCUCAGAUGAGGAAGCUGUACAGUCGCUAAUUUAAAUUAUUCACAAGUUUGAGUUGUGUGCUGUGAGAGGUCCAGAGGGACCAGUGGCACAGGCUUGGUCCUGUGCAGCAGGAGGGACCUCUCCUGCUGUGU